AACGGCGGCAUGGCGUGGAAUCGACUCGGUUCGGCUCCCUGCAUUUCACAGGAAAAAUUGACCAGCUUCUAAAUUUUAAUGGGAAUUUGAGUCCGUGAAAGUGAAAUUUGACCGCCUGGCCUAUUCAAUUGUGUGAUCAAAAAUGGCAAUGCUAGCAGAGCCACGUCGUAAACAAAAAUGGACACUGAAUCCACGAGGCAAACAGUGGAGUGACGACUCAACAAAAUUUGGGCAAAAAAUGUUGGAGAAAAUGGGCUGGUCAAGUGGCAAGGGUCUAGGAGCUAAUGAGCAGGGAAUGACGGAGCACGUUAAAGUCUGCUACAAGAACGAUCAGUCAGGUAUCGGCUUCAAAGACUCUGGAGAUCAGUGGACCCAGCAUCAAGCAGACUUCAAUAAUUUCCUAGCCCAACUACAGGAGCAGAAUUCAAUUAGUACAAAAGUAAAUGCUGAAGGCGACGAGUCUUUGGAGUUAAAAUCCAAGCAAAGCAAAGCUCGUGUGCACUACCACAAGUUCACCCGCGGUAAAGACGUCAAGAAGUACAGUUCUAAGGAUCUGGCUAAUAUAUUUGGUAAAAAGGAUCUCAAAGAUGCAACGGAGACUUUGAAACCUGAGGAAGUGGAAGAAGACAUGACAGAAGAGGUCGCAGGAGCCAAAGAUAACAGGGGUGGUGUUCUUACUAUAAAAGGUGGCAAUAUAGACGAGUAUUUUAAAAAUAAGUUACCUAAUUUUAUGAAGAAAGGAAUAAAUUCAAGCACUCGUGGAGACACAGAUGGAUUUGACAGUGAUGAAUGUGAAACGAAAAUGGGACUUGGAUAUAGUUCUGUUAAAGAAAAUGAUACUGCUGUUUCUGGAUUUGCAUUCACCAACAAAGGACUUGAUUUGGGCUAUUCUGGGUCCUCAAACAACACAAAGAAGAAGAACAUCGAUUUUGCUUACGAUAAUCCGUGCUUGGACCUCCAAAAAAAAAGCAAAGGUAAAGUUGAAAAGAGCACAAUCAACUGUUCUAAUGAUGGUUUUGUCAACCCUGCAUUGGAUCUAACUGAUCUUGCAUCGAACCAAAGUAAUGGGGCAGAAUUUGAGAUCACACAUGUGAAACUUGGGCUGGAUAAUGAUGCGCUGGACCUGUCGGACGAAAAUAGCAGAAAAAAGCGUGUAACUUUCAAUGACAAAGUUGAGUACAAUACAGAUAUCUGUAAAAAGAAGCGAAAGGGCAAAGGAAAGUUGGACAAAUUUGAAGUUGACAAUAAUAAGCUGAAAAAGAGGGUAAAGCAAUCUUCUGCGGUAAGUGAAUCUGUUCCCAAUAACACGUUGGCAGGUUUUGUAAACGAAGCUUUGGACGUUGAAGUGCUCAGCGAAGAAGUGAACGACAACAAAACGAAUGAAAGAAAAACCAAGAAGUCAAAACGGAAGAAGAAUUGCAGGGCAUCGAAUUUAGAAACAAUUGAAGAAGCUGCCGACGAAGGUGGUGGUCAACUAGAUGAAUCUGAAAUGGGUGAAGCUGUCUUGCUCGAUGAAGGUAUUCCUAGAAAAAGUAAGAAGUCGAAACGGAAUUCUAAUGCUGAGACCAAGUCAGAGCUAAGCGAGGACACUCCAGAAAUAAAAAAAAAGGAUAAACAAAAACAAUGUGCUGAAAGCAUGACAAUUAAAGCAGAUGAAGACCUCGUUCUUCCAGAAGAGUCUCGAGCUAAAAGUAAGCACGAUAAAAAGAAACAGAAGGGGGAAAAAGAGGAAGUGGAGAUUACAGUUCUCACAGAAAUGUCAAGAAGGAAGAAGAAAAGAAGACAUAAAAAGGAGAUGAGCAAAAAUAUUGAAAGCGACAAUGGAGAACAAGAAAACUUUGAUUUUCAGAUAAAAACAAUUGACAUUACCGAAGUGAAAAAAAAGAAUAAAAGGAAGGUAAAACUAAAUACCAAAGAGGAACAAAACGGUACGACUGUAAUGCUCAAUGCAAACGAUCAAGCAGAUAUCAUCAACAGCAACGGUGCAACGAAGAGAAAAAGUAGCGACGGUGGGAACUUUAUCAAAUCAUCAAAGAGGUGUAAAACGGACAAGUCAAGUACUACAGAGGAUGCGGAAAACUUUGUGCAAAAUAGAGACAUUUCUGUUAAGUCAACACCACCGGCUUUGUGGGACAAGAAAGGUAGCAAGUCAAGAAAAAUAUUCAAAUCACUCUUUGCCAAGGCGCCAACUUUGUUAUUCUCAGGGUCAAAUAUCAAUGAAAUGACGGGUUACGGCGCUGAUUUUCAGGAUAUAAAGCGAUGCGUACAACAAAAAUGUUGAUUAAUUUAAUACCGUGAAUUAUUGAGAGUUUUGGGAGGGGGGUAAUUUAUUAUUACCAAUAUUUAUAUCUUUGUUUUUGGACUUUUAAACUAUUCAUCAUUGCCAUUUUCACAAUCAAUUUAAACCUGUACAUAUUUCGCCAGCGCAAGUUUAUUUCUAAUAAUUUAUAAAUCUAAAAACAAUUUUAUUUUAAUUUAAAAUUAAAAUACAAUAAAGUAUCUAUUCAUUAAUAGAAAUGUAAUUAACUCCUCAUAGGUGAUUGAAAUUAUGAAUGAGAUUAAAUAUACAAGUAUGAAAAUCGCAACAAGGAAACAGAUAUACAGUAUAAGAUAUUGUUCUAAAAUAACAAAUAACAAUUUAUUAUGCUAUGUUAUCAUGUAAUCUAACAAUGUCUUCAUUAGCUUCAAGUUUAUCGUACAGUGUAAUGGCUAUUGAUAAUUCACUGUCGCUCAAGUUGACUAGUGUUCGUGGAAUAUAUAGCGCCUCUGCAGAUUUCACUUUGUAAUUCAUAUCCAACAGUCGUUGUUUCACAUUGAACAGAGAGUU